CCGCCCACUGCUUGUGGAAAGAAGCGGCGGCGGCGGCGGCGUCCUGGCAACGGAGCGUCGCGCGGCGUGUUCGGCGGCGGUUGGCGGUGCGCGCGGCCAGCCCAGUUCGCCUCAGCCAGGCCGCGGGGAGCAGGGGGAAAACGCAGCCGAAUCGAUCCUGCCUGCUGCCCAUGGCUUUCAGGGAUGUGAAUGCAAGGCGACACAUUGGACUUCAGCAACUCUCUUCCUUAGCCUUAGCUGGAAGAACAUUACUGGGGCCAGUGAAAUCAUGUAAAUUCAUUGUGGAUGAAAGCACCAACCAAAGCACAUUGAUUUGUUCUGCUGUUAGACUGAUUGAAAGUCUGGACUUAACUAGUGCUGCCGGACAGCUUCUUAAUGAAACCAUUCAGGCACAAAACAAGGAGUUUAAGACUGGGAUGAGUACCCUUUUGUUUCUUGUUGGUGCGUGGAGCAAUGCUAUAAUGGAAUGCCUCCAGCAGAAUGUUCCGGUUUCAGCAAUAGUAUCUGUCAUGUCCGAGGGGUUGAACUCUUGCUGUGAGAGAGUCCAGUGUCUUCAAAUAUCAAUACAUGAUGUAAAUAAAGAGCUCUGUUCUAGCAGUGUUAGGCCAAACACUUUUAAAAGCAAAACUUGCCAAAUUGGAUGUGACAGUCUUCCAAAUCCCCAGCUUUUCCUGUAUUUUCAGAAAGAUAUUUCUGUACCAGAAGUAAUUCCAAUAAAUUCUUGUUCCCAUCAGGAUGAUGAUUGUAAUUUUAAAAAGCACCUGGUUUCGCCUUUGGCUGGCUUUGGUUCAGUAGCUUCUCUUGUCAAACCCGUGGGUGACAAAAGUACAUCUGUGAUUUCUAGAAGUGGUGUUACCACAUCCAGCUGUAACAAACAAAAGCUAACCCAUAGCAGGUACUUCAGCACUCUAGGAAAAAGCUAUUUUUCAAGUCAGCAAGGUAAUUUUCAGGGAUACCUUCUGGGAACAUCAGCAGAUUCAUGUGAAUGUUGUGGUUUAGGACACCUGGCAAUGGCUCUGAGCCAUGGAAAUGAGACUAGCAUGAAACUGCUACAAAGCAUUGUUACGUAUCAGCAAGAGAGAGCAGAACACAGUGGCUCUUCCCAGUUUAAUGUUGCAGAAAUUGUGACAUGCUGCUUACUGGGCCUGCCUGAAAGCUAUUCUUGUGCCUCCCCAGGCUUCGUCACAUUGGUAUCACCAGAACAAGUCACAGUCGUCGAAUACUUUGAAGACAAACUCCUUCGGAUUCUGCUAAUAGAUGGUGACCUAACUGAGCGAUAUCGUCACUUAGGUUUUAACAGAUCAUGUAAUGUGAGGACCAUAGUGGAGCAUCCUAGGCUGCAGGAAGAAGACCUGUGGCUAAGCAGAAUGUUAGAUAAUCUGAUAAACUUUGAAGUAAACCUGGUUUUGGUCAAAGGAAAUGUGUGUGAAAACUUAAUGGAAAGAUGCAUAGCAAAUAGUAUAUUGUUAAUUAGUUCUGUGACUUGGAAUGUGUUGUGUUCCUUUGGGGAGGUCACCGGCGCCCAGCCAGUGACAUACCUCACCCAGCUGAACGCUUCUUUUGUGGGAAGUGGGGCCCAAGUGGAAUUGUGGAAGGCCUGUGAUGGGCGUGCAAUGGAUCUGGGUGAACUUGUACCAGUCAGAGUAAAAGCACGAGGAAUUCCUCUGCUCACAGCCGUGCUUACCACUACUAUAGCUUCAAAGAUGCAGCUCAUUGAAGACCAGUUCUGGACUUUAGUGUAUCGACUCCAUCAUGCUUUAAAUGACAAGAAGGUUUUUCUUGGCGGUGGUGCAGUGGAGCUCUUGUGCCUCAGUCACAUUCAGAUGCUUGCCGAACAGCCUUUACAGCCAGCAAAUCAAAAUGCUGUGAAAGAGUUUCACAAUCCUUGGCUGGCAGCAUCUGCAACUGAGUAUAAAUCAGUUGUGCUCCAAGCAUUAGCAAGUGGCUGGAAGCAGUAUCUUUUGGUGGUUAUGUGUAACACCACUGCUGCAUCGGAGUUGGAAGCGUGCACCUCAGUCGAUCAUCACCUCAGAAAAGCAGCUGACUGUGGCUCUCCUUCAGCAUAUAUAUUGAAAGAGUUUAGAAGAGGUGAUCUGCUCAGGGAUGGUGCUGGUCCCUUUGCUGGCCACAGGGAGGGUUUAAAGGUUUAUGAUAAUGUUACAGCCAAGACAGAGGCAUGGCGGAGAGCUCUAGAUUUGGUGCUACUAGUGCUUCAAACAGAUGCUGAAAUUAUCACAGGUCCCAGAAAGAAUCAGCUAUUGAACUCGCAUGCCUCAAGUGAAUAUAUGUUUUUAUAGGACUUGUAGGCUUCAUUUAUAAGUCUGUGAGUCAGAGGAAGAAGUCCAGGAGCAACCUACACUUCUUCAUAGUUUAUAAAGCAAACAUUUAGAUGUGAUUAUGACUUCAGAGUCUAACAGCAGAAAUCAGAAGAUGCAACAGUCACAAAGUAGAUAAAAUUUCUCAUUUCUAGAAACGGGAGUUAAAAACCAAACAGAAACCACUUGUGGGUUUCCCUCUAACCCCAGCCGUGCAUUUCUAGCCAAUAAUACUGUCUGUGGAUAGACUCAUCCAGUCAAACUGACGAAUCUUAUUUAGCAGAGCAGAUGUGCAGUUCUUAUUUUCAUUAUAAUGAGGAGUGCUAGGUAGGUGGACAUGUUGAGUCCAGUUGGAGAAAAGGUUGAUACUUUGGGUAUGCUUAUGUUCUGAACAUGCGCUGUCUGUAUAAGGUGUCUGGAUUUGUGUUCUGUAAAUUACUCUUUUUUUAAUGUCUUUUAAUGUCUUCUAAAGAAGAGUAGGAACGUAACAUUGGCAUACUUGUGUUAAAUGAGAGUAUAUAUAAUGUAAUUAAUUUUUAAUUAAUAUCUUGCUCUAUUUCUGUACAAUGCAAAUAUAAGAGUUAAAACUUGCAAUAAUUUAUGAGGGCUACAUUUUAUGCUGAAAGAUUGUAUUAAUAGAUUCUAUUUUUGCACAUUUAUAUGGGCCUUAUAUCUCCUAUUUCAAAUAUAUACCCUUUGAAAUUUCCCUCAUUUUGACAUGAAUUUAGGCAGAAUCCUCCCCUUUGGUGCUCCAGACUGGAUGUAUCUCUACACAAAGUUUUCUUUUACGUUGCAAGUUGGAUUUUUAGAUUAUUCCUUUUGGGCUCUCUCAGUUAUCCUUGCAAAGAGGAAAAUGUUAUAUGUUUUAGCUGUUAGCUAAAAACUGGAAACAAAUCUAUCAUGAUGAUUGAGGCAAGGCAUUUUUACUGUCUUUUGGCACUUGAAAUUUGAAAGCAGAGGCAUGGACAACUGGCACUUUGUUGCAAGAAAGGAGUGUAACUAUGGAGAUACUUUUUUUCUGAAUUUGGCAUUCUGAACAACUAAGUGAAAUGUCUUACCAGUGUCGUGAAAACAGACUGGGAAAAGAAUGAAAAUGGUGAUGCUAAAGCAGAUUCUUGCUUUUAGGAACUUUUUCAUUAAAAUGCUAAUGUCUGGAAGUAUUAGGGUUAAGCACUUACUGGUUGCAAUUGCUGGUGCUGAUGGCAGUCCUUCUGUGGUGAACGCUAAGAAUUGGGGUAGGCUAAAGAGUGUUUUCUGAGGUGUGAUUCAAUGGAAAGGCAGACAGAACUUAUUUUCCUUGUGGUAUCUCCCCACUGCAGAAGACAUCUCGGAGAAGAGCCAUCAGCUGCCUCAAACCGCUGUGGCCGCAGGCAGUUCCCCAGUUGACCUCUACCAAGCUUUAACACAGUCCUCUGGCUUUGUGCCCUGUUGGAGUUGCUCUUUUCUCCUGGGAAGGGUUAGGGUUAGGAUUCCCUGCAGAGGUGGGAUAGGCUAAUGAGGUUCUGAAUUAACCUUAGGUACGAGAUGAAAUUGGGAUCCUUAGAAACAGCUUUUGAGUGCUGAACUGACCAGAAGCCCUAACUUCAUUUUUAUAAAGAAAAGAAUCCAUCUAAAUGCAUUUUAUCCCAGAGCUUUCUCCUACACUAGUCUCAAAUUCAGAUCUUUCACGGAACUGUUUACCCAAGUGGAUCACACUAGGUGAAUAAUUGAUAUAAUCUGUAUGUCAGGAAAAGAAAGAUACAGAUAAUGAAAUUCAUCCUCAAAUAUGGUUUAGGUACAUAUAGGUAUAUAUGUCUGUGUGUAUAUUAAAGUAGUGUUAUACAAUGUUUUUUCAAAAGAUUCAAAGUUCUCAUUGCUCAAUUACAUAUUUUUAUUUUUUAUAUAUUUGCAUUCAACUCUCAGCUGGAAGGCUCUUAAGGAGCUUAAGGAGGCAUGUUAAUAGCAGUUGCCUUUUAGAAAUAGGGGAGAAAAGCUUUUUCAUGUGUAGAUAGUUAUGCUCCUAGUAUUUAGUCAUCUCUGACCUGAAACCGUAAAUAUUUUGGUUUUCUAAAAAACUCCGGAAUUCAGUGGCUUUUGGCAAAAUCUCAUCAGUACUAUAGGGGUUUAUAAUUUUAUUUUGAAACAGUAGUUCCUAGCAGCAUAGGGAUCUAACGGUAUUAAAGUUUUGAUCAGUUGGUAAUUGAUGUUUAACUGCUUGGCCACACUCUUCGUGUACUAAGAUAUGAGAGAGAAAGAGUUUGGUAGGUCAAAAGAGGCAAAAGGAGUUAGUGGCUGUUAGGUGAGAAGGAAAUGGAAGCACAGCGCAAAUAAAUAUAAACAAACUCUGCUGCUCUGCAAGUGUUUGCAGAUCAUCUUUGGCUUUAUACUGUUUUUCUUGAACCUCCUGUACUGAGCAUUGCAUAACCCCUGUUGCCAAGAAAAGAUCCAGUUGCGCUUUAUUUGAAUAAUAGAGUUAAGUGGAUUAUGGAAAAACUGCAUACAUGAAUUGUGUUGAGGUGGUCCAAACAGCUAUUUAUAGGGCACUUAGAUGCCGAGAACUGACACACCAAAUGUUGAGAAAAUCCAAAAUGAUGUAAUUUUUCCAAUCGGGCUUUUAAAAAGCACAUAAUGAGAUAUUUAAGUAUUGUGAUGCAGAGGUUUUCUAAAAAGCUGUGAAGCAUUAUAUUUUGGUUACUUAACACUUGCUUUUCUACAGGCCAGUGAAAUGGAAAAUUGUAUAAACUAGCUAGAUAUGGUAUCCUGCAUUACUUAAAAUUAUUUGUUUGAUAUACCUAGAAAUUUAACAUGCAUGCUGUCCUCAAGGCAUCUUCCUUCUGCAACGUGAAAUACAAUAUACACGUGUGGCUGCCUCCACUUCAAAGCUCUUGAACCUCUUUGCAACACAGAAUGGAGGUCCUGUGCAUGUGUGCCCUGGCUCUUAGCACAGGGAGUGAUUUCAGCUUCUCCCAGGCAGAGGCUCCUCCUAGGGUACACAAAGGCUGUUUGUGUAGAGUAUGAUGUGAUGCAAGAGCUAAGCUUUUAUAUUUGAUGUGCCUGGGAAAUUGGGAAAUGGCAGAGAUUUUAGGGAAGGGAUUGUCCCAAGGAGCAUCUCACUCCCUACUGAAACCCUGUCCUAGUCAGGAGCCUCAUUUCUCCCUUCCAGCCCAGUAUCAUCAUUCCCAGCUCACUCCUCCUUCUAUUUAGGGCUGAUGCCAUUUUAUUUAACAUUUAUAAGGCCAACCUUUUAGGUGUCUCUGCUCCUUCAUGAUUUCCUGAAAUGUAAUAGAGGUCAUAGCAACAAGAGCCUUGUCCCAAGGUGGGCCAGCCUAGAGGGCACAGCCUGCUUGCAAAUUCUGGUCCAGUAAGGACUGAUAACUGCAAGGACUGAUUGAAGCAGAUUAUUUGGGAUGCUCUUCUGGGCUGCUCUAUCUCCACUUCCAUUUAUCCUGGGAAAGAUUCAAGUAUGGGGAGCAAAGUGGCUUUUUUUUUUUUUGAUGAUUCAACAUUUCAAAAAUCUACCUGCUGUCCUGUGCUCCUCAUUUGGGGCAAUAACAUGGUUUGCUUUUUAGCUUAGAAACAUCACCUGUGAGCAUGUUCCUUUUUCACAUGUUGGGGUCUAAGUUAGUGAGACUAGAAAUUACCUUUUGCCCUGUUAUUUCAGGAAACUGGUGCAAACUUGCACAAAAAUACUUUUUGAAAAAUGCAAUGUAAAAUGACACUAACAGCUAUACAUUACAUCUUUUAUACAUCUUCUAUACUCUCCAAGCACUCCUAGCACCUGUAAAAUGUCACUGGGUGGAGUUAGUAGUAGUAUCUAAUUGAGUAAGAAACAAGUUUACUCUGGUGUCCAUGUAUGGAAGCUUCCUAACCUCUUGAUUUCCUUUUGAACUUCUUGAUUUAUUCCUGCCAGUGUUUGUUUUAGAACAAAAGUUCUCAGCAUGUGUCUUGCCCAGUGACAUUAGGAAGUUUCCUUGUCUGAGGCUUUCUGCAAGUGGAUCACAGUAACUGGGGAUCUUGCAUUUUUUCCUUUUUGAAGGGACCAGGGUGUGACUAGGUGCUCAAGAUUGUGCCACAGUGAUACGUUUGCUCUGUCCCUUGCACAACUUCUUUGUGUUAAUUUUUUCCUUGGGAGUCUAGUUAAACUUUUUAGCUGUUGGUAACUUCCAGAAUGUGAUGAUGCGUACUGCUGUUACUACAGCUUUUACCUUAAACUCACUUUUAAAAGUAUUAACUUGCUGAUAGCACUUUGAAGCAGAGAGAGCAUAUUCCAGUUUUAUUCUCUUCCCAUAGAUCAGUAAUCCUUUUGAGAUCACUUCCACACCAGUGCAGUUAGAGCAUAGUUUGUGUGACACAAAUGUGGAAAAAUCAAAAAAUCACAGGCUAAAUUCUGCUACUCGCCACCAGCGUUGCUGCAUUAAUUAACAAUUUACCUCAAAACUGCAGGACAUAGACCCUUUUCUUUCAAGAUGUGUGUUAACCAAGUAUGACUAGAUCUGCAUCCUUAAAGGACUUUUUCUUUGUAGAUCACAUUGCUCCAAGAACAAUGUCCACAGGGAUGAUUUCAGCACAGUUGAAGGGAGAGAGAACAGCUCAAGUAUGUGCACAAACUAGAGACUGGUUUGAUCCUGAAUGGUGGAAGGAAGAAAAAACCGCACUAUUCCAUCUAUUUUGGCUUCCUAUCUGUUUAUUACAUUAGUAAUAUCCAUUUCUUUAGACUUUUGAAAAACACCCAUCUUCCCAUUUUGAAAGAGCAGUUAGCAUUUAUGGCUGUCCGGGUGUUGUAAAUGAAUUUUACAAAUUCUAUACUGUGUAUUUUGCAGUGCCUAGUAGAGCUGAGACUGUGUCAUGGGCAUUCCAGUAAGCCUUGAGAACAUAACCUGAGCUGGAACCUUCUGCAAGUCCUUACAAAUGGUUGCAAUACUUGCAGAUGCAGCAGGGACUGAUCAGGCACAGAUGGUGAAAGCUCGUGGGAAGGACGGGAAACUAAGAAACCAAGGCCUGUAUUUGGUUUUCCCUGACUAGCAGAGAUUCAAAACAAAAGUAAAAAUCUGUUUAAAUGGAAAGGAAUUCUUUCCUUGGGGACCAAGUGCUACUCCAAACAACAGGAUUUUCAAAAAAUUAUUACAAGAGUAUAAGAGUUAGCAUUCAGUUUUUAUUUAGAAGUAAUGGGAAGAUUGGUCCCUGCCUGUCUUUUAUUUUAGCUCAAAUAAGUAGAUUGGGGUUUAGUGCUAUUCACAACUUUUGUCUGCUGUGUUAUGAGACCAAAUAUUUAACUAGUGUUGCAGAUUUGGAGAGAUGACUAAAAAUAACACAGUUGGUGAACUUAUUUAUUUCUGAGGUGUAAUCUGAGUCAGUGCUUUCACUGACUAAAGUUAAAAACAAAACAAAAGCAAAUAAGAGGAACCCCCCAUUUGUUAGCACUGGAGAGCCAAAAUAACUCCAUAGGAGUUGUAUAAAAUAGAUUUUAUUUAUAUAUCUACAUAGAUGUACACAUUCUCGAGCAGAACAGACAAAGUUUCUCAGUUAGCAACAUUAACCUGUAGUCUAGUCAUACAAUCCUGAACUAGGGCAGUUAAUCUAUUCACCUCUUGUUAUGCCAAAGAAAAUGAUUAUAAUACCUCCUUUUUCAGGAUAACUAUCUAUUACCAGUAAAUCCUCAUUUUGUCCAAGAGCAGCGUUGUACAAAAAGAACCACUCCAGUAAACUGAAAAGAAUUAUGUCUUGUUUGGGGUAUUAAUUCCUGUAUUUCAUUUGCUGUUCCCUGUGUUUGCAGUCCUGUCUGUGGGUUGCAGCUCAAAGAUACACAUAUACCACGCACGUACUAAUUUAGGGGAAGCAGUCAUGAAUGCUGUAUAUAUACGUGUGUAUAAUUCCAUAUCAGUAUAAUGUCUUUGAUUCCUUAGUGAUGAAAAUUAGACUAAUACACCUGCAGAAGUAUGGAUAUGUUGAUUAGAUCAGUUUAAUUAACUGACAAAUUCCUCCUAAUAUAUCAUUAUUUAAAUUCCCUGAAUAUGCCUUGCUCAAGGUAAGGGGCAGUCAGUGUUCAGUCCCUCACUUCUCACUGCCCUUCAUCUCUUUAGUUUAUGUAAGCACUGUUUAAAUACCCAUCCAAAGCACAUCAUUCAAGUUCUUCUGGUUCAAGGAUACUUGUUUUCUGGAGCCAUUUAGCUGUGACAGAAUGCUGAUGGCUGCCAGAAGCCAGGAAACUCAGAUGUAAUUUGCAGUAAGAGAGCUUUACUGGAAAAGAAGCCCAAAUCCUUCUUUGUUUAUCUGAAGUACCAGGCAGUUAACUUAAAAAUGUUUUUAUGCAUGACCCUGGCUGUGCAAUUAUUCUAGCUUCUAUUUUCGAAGUAUUUGGCAUCUCAGAGCAGUGCUGUAAAUAAGCUCAACAGAAUUGCCGUAUGUAAGAUCAGUAAUUACUAUACAUGGGGUUUCUGUGGCUAAUAGAGGAAAGGCUCUCAAAUCUCAGCUCCAGCGAUGAAUACUUGGGACUGUUUCCCAAGUGAGCUUGAGGAGGACCUCCAGCCUUCCACAUUCCUCUCACAACCUCUGAUAAAGCCAGUGAAACUGUGGAAGAAGAGAGGAAUUUCAAAGCCAGGAUAAGCUGAAGGAAAUUACUUAAAAUUCCAGUGUCUCUUACUUGUUAAGUCUGAUCAUUAAACAGACUUAUUACUAAACUGUUGAAGAAAGAUUUUCCAAAAUACAGGGGCUAAUUUAAAAUUUGUUAAGUCUGAUCAUUAAACAGACAUAUCACUAAACUGUUGAAGAAAGAUUUUCCAAAAUACAGGGGCUAAUUUAAAAGUGCAUGACUUCUGUCUGUGCCAAGAGGUGCUGUUUUAAUUAACUGUCUUCGCUUACCUGUAAAAUAGAAUUUUAGACUGCCCUACAACAUGAUACUUGGAAUUUAACACAUAACUAUGAUGUGAAGAGGCAUUAUGCAAACAGGAUGUUCCAUAUCCUGUCCUCCCUCAAAUGAUCAUGUCCAUCUCUCAGCUAACAAGUUAAAAUGGGAUUUGUUUUGAAUUGGGUUUCUUUUAAAAGGCCAGUCAAGCAGUUUUCUUUCUGUUUUAUGUGUUGCUAUGAGUUGCUACCACAAAUUCAGUUUUUGAAUGAGAAUUUACAGAUGCUUUUUCUGUAAAUACAUUUUUCAUGUAUGACAAGAUGUUACUAUGCUGAUAUGUUAUUCUUAGGAGGCUGGAGGGGAAGGGGGAAUCAUACUUUGGUCAUGAAUUAAUAUAGGAACCAAUCCCUUUUUCAUAAAAACAGCAGUGAAGUUUCCCUUGCUUUGCGGAGUUAAAGGCUUAGUCUAUAAGAAACAGAUUAUUGCAAAAACAUGAUUGUCCUUUGCUCUUCUGAGUACUGGAGAAGGGUGUCUUUCUGAUAAUUUCUUAGUGGAAAGAAAUGUAAAAUUGAGGACUGCUAAUGCUGAUGAGCAGUGCAACCUUCAUUAAAAGCCACGCUUUCUCAGAUGAACCUCUAAUAUGCUCUAAUAGCAAUAGCAAUCGAGUACUUAAUGAUGACCUGGAAAAAAUUUGCUUCCAAAAUGCAGUAGGUUGAGCCAUCCUUUCCAUGGAAGAAUCUGAAGAGGGUUAAGAGCCCACCAUCCCUACUAGUUAGAGGAUGUCUCCUGCAGGGAAUGUCACUGAGGGAGAGUAGUCAGCUCUUGAGACAGUCAUACCCAGCUCUAUCAAUCUGUUUCUUAUGUCUAAUACUGCCGACUCUGUGGAGAAGAAACUCUACACUCUGUAUAGUGUGUAACAAGAUGAGGCCUUGGAUAAUAUUUAGGAGCAAAAAUUACUGUAGUAAUGAAUGAGUGUUUGAAGUCAUUUAAGAUUUGGCUUCUUCACCUUGAAAGACAUUUUCUUGAUUUGCAAACUUGAUAAAGUUGAUGGAAUUUGUCUAAAAGGCUCCUGCAUUGCUUGGCUAUACAGAAUUCCCACAAGUCUGGACUCUGUAAGGUUAAUAUCUAGGACAGGGAGUUCUCAGAGGGUAGUAGUAAAACUUGACAGUGAACACAGUAGCUCUUUUUUGGGAUAUAGGGUGAAGAUUAAACUACAGCAGUUACAGUGUGCCAAGCAGAGCUACUAGUAGUCAUACAACAUACAGUGCAAACUCAGUAGAACAGAAUGGUUCCUCUACGUACAAAUUGGCAUACUGGCAGGAUGGAAUAAAUGACUUCUUUUAAAACACUCUGGAAAUGAAAUGAGAUUGCAGUAUAUGUGUGGGGUUUUGAGUUCCACUAAUUCUUUUUAACACCUCUUUUAAAGAAUCCCUUAUAAUCUGCAAUCAUUUACUUUGCAUGCAAUCUCUUUAUUUAUGGCUUUGAUAUUAAUCUUCAGUGUCAGAUCUCUGUCCGUGAUUGUCUUGAUCUGCCAAAAACGUAAGAAGUUGCCCCUUGUCAUGCUUCCUAUAUUGCUGAUGUGAUGCACUGCUGGGUCAGGCAUUUUUGACAGCAAUGAUUUUAAUAUUGCAAGCAGAAAAUUAACAGACUUUAUUGUUGAAGAUGUGUUGAAAAUCCUUACCUCCUCUGUUUGGUUUGUCGGGUUGGUUUUUUUUUUGGUGGUGGUUUUUUUUUUUUUAAGCAGAAACUUAAAUUGCCUUUUUAGAAUUAUGCUUUCAUCUAUGUCUGGCUUUUCUCCUGCUCUGUUUGCUCUUGAGUCCCCAAAAUUAGCAAGAGUAAUGUUCUAGUUUGCAGUGCAGUAGGAAAGAAUAACUUAACUUUCUAAAAUGUAAUAAACAGUACAAGACCUGGAACAAAUACAAAACCUUCAGACAAGGUGAAAGCCCCCAGAAGAAUACCUCUAUUCAAAAUGUCUGUGGAUGUCUGCAAAUACUGCCAGGAGCUUAAGUCUUGUCCUUUCCCUUUCCAAACAUGUGUAUUAGGUUUUUCUUUAAAAAUACAUACUGUAUCCUUGAACUCUUCCCUGCUUCUAGUCAAAGAAGGUAGUAUUUCCUAUUUCCUUUAGACUAGUUGAUUCAUACACAAAAUAAAAUCUGUGAGACAUUAUUUUGGUCUUGGUUAUUUCUCUCUUGUGAUAUUGGAUGGAAAACAGUCUUUCUGAAAUAUUCAAGCUUUGAAAAACAGCAAAUGUUUCUAGUUAUUGAGGGUUUUUUAUGUGGGUUGUAAAAAUAAAGUACUCUUAAUUAAGCUUCCUUUAGAAUAGAUUCAUCUCCCAUUUUGCCUUCCCUUCUUUGCAAAUUCAUUGCUUUCAGCAAGAAUCAUAAAUAGAUGAAAACCUACAUGCUUUACAUUAAAUGUUAAUCUGAAAACAAAACAAAAUCCCAACAAAUUCCCUGAGGAGAAAAUACAAUAGAUGUUACCUGGCUUGACAUCUCGGGGAUUUCACUGGGUUUAAAUCUGUUUCUAACUGAUCCGAUCCAGCUUUGUUUAAAAUGCCACUUAUCCUUGAAGACCUGUAUGUGCUAUGCAGCAAAUCUUCUCCUCAUAAGGUCAGCGUUGUGUGGAGUUUCUCCUGUGGGUGGAGAAACUGAGACCCUGUUGUGGUUGUCCCCUGAGACCAGUUGUCAGCCCACGGGGAUGGCUUGAUUCCCCAGAGCAGCCUUGUAGGCCAGGAUCUGGCAAACUAUUCUGCACUGUGCCUUUAAUAAUAAUCAAAUAAAUAGUCUGAGCAACUACUGGGAUCUGUCUAUCUCUGAACUGUGGGACCCACAGUAACAUGGGGCUGCCAUACAUUUAAUCUUUUUAAGCCCCUGUGCGUUGCUCUGCUGGUGCCUCUUCAUAAAGAGAGAAGCAUGGUAAAUCUGCCAAGUUAACUUUAUCUUUAGUCUGUUUCUCUUCUUACACUGUACUUUAUUUCUCUGUUGUGUUUUGUUUUUAAUGGAACUAAUUAUAAUCUUCCCUCCCCUUGUUGUUUGCAACAAAAUAUCUGCUUUACAGACAGAUCAAAAAGGUUUUAUUUUUUAUAGGAAGCUCAGUUACAGACGUAUGCUUCCAUAAUGCGUGUAGGUUAGAUUAAUGUAAUGUUAGAUUAAUGUAAUGCACAUGGAUGACUUAAAUUCUUAAAUUUCUUCCUUAAAUAUGAGCUUUGCAAUUCUUUUGGGGUCAAAUAUGAUGGAGUGAGAGAUUGUCUGUUGUUUAAUGUGUCAUCUGUUCCACCUGGGUGACGCCCAUCUGUUUGAAUGUCACAAGCAGAGGCUAAUUUUGUAGCUGUGCUGUUGCCAGCAGCCUAAGAAGGAUUCUUUGUUGCAUUUAUUUAUUCCUUUUUAUUUGCCUUGAAAUCUCUGCUCAUUAUAGCCUGAGUUUCUCUCUGUGGUCUGUUGAGAACAACAGCCAAAGUCCCACUGAAAUUUAACUUAAUGAGAAGGAGUCAUAAGUGCUCUAGGAUUUAUUCUUGGAUUGUUUUAGUCUGUCACCAUCUUUUAUUAGCUGAUAAUUUCAUGUUCAUUAAUGACAAGACAGUCAACCAGCAUAUCCUUUACAGUAGAGGUUGUCUUUACCGUAGUAGCUUUUCGUAUUAAAAAUCCAGGCAAGAGAGAAUUCUUCCUGGGCUUCCAAAAUGUGAGUAGAAGGAAGGGAUUAAUAUAAAGAUGAUGGCCUCGUCAUCUGAUCUAGCCUCUUAAAUUCUUUUUGAUGUGCCAGCUCCAGAAAUUCUUCAAACUUAUUUUCUUGCAAUCCCCUGUAUAUUCUGCUUCUAACAAAUUCCUGUGAGAAUGACUGCAACAGAUCAAAAAAUGAACUUGGUUUUGAAUCACAUUUAAAAUUGGCAGGAAAGCGAGGGACUUAAAGCCAAACCCCACAAUAUCCUCAGAUAUGAAAUAUUUGGGAUCAAGAGCCCAGUGUUUGCUUCUGAGAAGAAGUAGGGCUACUUGUGAUUCGCUGCAAUCAAUCAGGACUUUCCAGUCAUCUGAAAGAAAUGACACUGAAAAUGAAGUGCAUGUUAAGACAGAGGCACUGUAUAGCUUUGUCUGGAGGACGGUAUCAGCUGUGGGUGGGACUGCCUCCCUGGUGUUAUCUAGGGUAAUGUAUAAGCCAGGCUGGAGAAUAUAAUGAGUAAAUUUUUGAUAUUUGGGGUACCUGUGGGAACCAUGUAACCUUCUCAAGCCACUUUAUCACCUAGGAGGACUCCAGUGUACCCUACAGGGAACUGCCUAUAGGCUGUGCAGUCUUAGAAAGGACAACUCUGGGGAAGGAUGUAUUGUCAAUCUUCCCUUCAAAGGAGAAAAUCCCCAUUCCCGUUUUUGUAGUUUUCCAGCAUUACCUAGUUUUUGUUAACCAAGUAAGCCCAUGCCCCAUGUCUUACCUCCAGUUAGGUCUUUAAAGGUUUAUUAUUUCACUGUAAUAAUGAAUGUCUGCUCAUUGCCUUGCAGGUAUGUUUGAGGCAGCAAAAAUCCACUGCACACAGCAACUAUCAAUGGCAAUUCCUUAUAAGAAGUUUGGUGUAAUUGCUGCAAUUACACCAGAUAAUCUCUUACUGUUACAUCAGACAUAAUUCUGAAGGCAUUAUAUAUAGCCAAUAUUUCAAACUAUACUUAGAGAUUGAUAGGAUAUGUAUGUUGCAGACUUUGCAUUAAUCUGAAGCAACUCAGUUCCACAAGAAAUUCUAGAGGGGAGUAACCACUUGAAGCCUAAAACUACUCCACUGCCAUUAUUGCUCUCUUUUCAUAUUUAAAUCUUGCAAUUAAUAUUAUUAAAAAAAAAAAAAAAA